UUUUCCUGCGUUGCCAGGACGGUCCGCAGCUCUGAGUCACGUGCAAGUGGGAAGUCGCACUGACACCGAGCUCGGCCAGAGGGAGCCAAGCCGAGCGCGGCGCGGGGCUCGGGGACUCGCUGGGCGUGCCGAGCGCGGGCCCCCCGGGGAUGGGGGCUGCUCUCCCGGCCUGAACCCGCCCGCCGCCCCGCCCCGCCCCGGCCGCCCGGCCGGUUAGCCGCCCGCCUGCCACCCUGGGACCACGGGCCACUAGCCGAGGAGGAAGCAUGCUGGCGGUCCGCUGCGCGCUGCUCACCGCCCUGCUGGCUGCGCCCGCGGCGGCAGUGGGCCCAGCGCCCUGCCCCGUGCUCGAGGCGGACAAAGAUGUGGUAGUCAGCAGGCCUGGGGUCCACGUUAACCUGACCUGCCCAGUGGAGAAGGAGGACACCAGGGUCAUCUGGGGGUUUGACAGUUCUUACCCGAUCUUUCCCCACAACGGAAUGUCUGUCUCGGGAAGGAAUUUUCUCCUCAAGUCCGUGCUGCCCAAUAACUCUGGAAACUAUUCGUGCUACUACAACAACCGCCAAAUCGGGACUUUGCAGCUGCUGGUGGAAGCUCCUCCUGAGGAGCCCACGCUCUCCUGCUUCCGGAGCAGCCCCAUCAGCAAAGUCAGCUGUGAGUGGAGCCCCAGCAGCGCCCCCUCCCUGUCCACCAAGGCCGUGUUAUUGGUGAAGAAGUUUCAGCGCCCACCUCUGAAGGUCUUCCAGGAGCCAUGCCUGUAUUCUCAGGAGUCCAAGAAGUUCUCCUGCCAGUUGCUGGUCCCGGAGGGGGACAACUCUUUCUACAUAGUAUCCUUGUGUGUCGCCAACCAUGUUGGGAGCAAGACCAGCAAACCUCAAUCAUUUGAGGGUUACGAAAUUCUGCAACCUGACCCACCCUCCAACAUCAAGGUCACCCUCGUGGACAAAAACCCCCACUGGCUCAGUGUCACCUGGCAAGACCCCCCCUCCUGGAACUCCUAUUUCUACAGGCUGCACUUUGAGCUCCGAUACCGGCCUGAAAGGUCAAAGACAUUCACGACGUUGCUGGUCACGGAUCCCCUGUAUCGGUGGACCAUCCACGAUGCCCUGAGCGGCAUGAGGCACGUGGUACAGCUUCGCGCCCAGGAGGAGUUUGGGCACGGUCAGUGGAGCGAGUGGAGCCCGGAGGUCACCGGCACCCCCUGGACAGAAUCCAGCAGUCCUCCAGCUGAGACCAAGAUGGAGGCGUCCCCCUCUACGCAGGCACUUACUACUGAUGAAGAGGAGGAAAGCACUUUCUCCAAGGAAUUUACAAAUGCGACAAGCAUCCCAGUGCCGGCUUCUCUGGUACCACUGUACACAUUCCUGGUGGCUGGAGGAAGCCUGGCCUUCGGAACAUUCCUCUGUGUCGGCAUCAUCCUGAGGUUCAGGAAGAUGUGGAAGCUGCAGGCUCUGAAGGAAGGUGGGACGAGCACGUACACGCCGUACCCCUUGGGUCAGCUGGUCCCCGAGAGGCCCAAGCCCACGCCGGUGCUUGUUCCCCUCAUCUCCCCGCCAGUGUCGCCCAGCAGUCUUGAGUCGGACAACACGUCGAGGAACAGCCAACCAGAUGCCAGGGGCCCCCAGAGCCCUUAUGAUGUCAGCAACAGAGAUUACUUCUUCCCCAGAUAGCCAGUCGGGUGGCACCGGGCCGACUGGGGUGUCAGACCUGCUAAACUGUGUGAGGGACACGAGCUGGCUUCUCACUGCCACUCCAGCUCAUCUCAGGUGCAUGGAGCCUCACAGAAGGUUCCACACGGGGCCGUGCCUGUUCAGAAGGAAGAGGUGGUGGAGUCCUUGAACCAGGCUUCCCCGAAUGCCCUACUUCAAGGGG